AUGGAGGCGUUGCUAGGCGUCUCCAACUCCAACCCUUCGUGCGGUUCCAUCCUCGAGCUUAAGGAGCAACUGCGCAGCGUCUUCAGCACGAAGGUCACGGAAAAGAGAGCCGAACAUGUUUCAGUCACCCUGGAGCUGCGCUCGACCAGCGUGUUCCACAUCCCAGUCACCGAGCCCGAGAACGAGCAACUCGAGCAAGCCGCCUCAAUCGAUCCGUCGUUGGGAGGAGCGCGAUCCAGCGUAGCGCCUGCCCCUGGGGGUGACGCCAACGGCAAUGUCAACGGAAACCAUCCAACUCGGCAGAUUAACGCGAUCGAUGCGUUGAUCAACCAGCCCUCCGACGACCACGUCUUGCAGAAAUCGGUCGCGAAGCAUAUCAUCACGACGCUGGGUGAAAUCGAUGGGAGUAGCUGGGUGGUGCGCCAGGUCUCGCGCGGCGAACAGGGGUGGACAUUUGGAUACAUCUGCAAGGAUUCAUGGCAAGCCUGGAGUCGCCAGAAUGCUAAGAAUCCUGCCCGAGCCGUCAUCGGCGAAUGGAGCCAGAAACCGGAUAACAUGGAUGCUGUCAAUCUGAGCCGUCCGGCUUUUGACUGCAGAGGAUCAGUAACGAUUGCGUUCCUGAAGGGGAGAAGGGUCAUCGAAGUCAAAUACGACCACACGCCUCUUCAUAAAACAGUAGGACAACUUAUUGAACUUCUAGUGCCUCCGCCGCCUCCUCGUGAACCCAAGCAUGCGUUGCAACGAAGAGAACCAAAGAAGCCCAAGGAGCCGAAGGCCCCAAGGCCCCCUAAACAGCCAAGGCCACCCAAGGCACCCAGACCCCCCAAGGAUCCCAAUGCGCCAAAACCACCCCGGAAGAAGCGGCCCGCAGGCGAAGGCGGUGCCGAAGGGGAUGGCACUCAACCUAAGAAGCGCCGCAAGAAGAAGGAUGCGGCUGCUGUUGGUCCAGACGGGAGUGUUCUUCCCCCAGAGAUGCCAGGUGCACUACCAGUCGGGCAGUCAUCUGAACGACCUCUUUACAACAGCCAUGCAGGCGGCGAUACUCAAAAUGGCUACAGCACCUAUCCAGAAGGGCUCGUCGGUCAAGCGGCCGAUGAGGGCGUUCAUGUUCAUUCGAUCCUCAACAUUCCUCCUGCCGAGGCAGCUAGGCGUCGCACGGUGGCCAUCGACCUGCUCGAGUCGGGCGGCAUUGACCCGAAGACCCUUUCCCCCGAACAGUUCAACAUCUUCGCCAACCAAUCCCCUGAACUUCAACAGGAGUCGUUGACUAUGCUCAAGAAGUACGGUGCCGAACGACUCCGCAUCGUACACCCCGAAAAGGAACAGGGAGGUAGUGCCCCAGCUGCCCCUGCUGCGCAGGCGGCCACAGCACCAUCGACGGCGCCGAUCAACCCCCCAAAGAAGAAGUCUAAGAAGAAGAAGUCCGAAGCAGUGGACACUGAGGAGGGCGUUGCCGCGUCGGGUGGCAAGAAGAAGAAAAAGGAGAAAUUGACAAGAGGCAAAUGCGAUCCUUGUCGCGAUCGUAAAAUACCGUGCACAAAGGAGAAACCAUCUUGCUCGGAAUGUACGACAUCGGGCUUGCAAUGCCAUUAUGCUCUCGAGAAGAAAGUGAAAGACCUUCAUUCAGAGGCAGAGGCAGAAGCAGAGGCCCAGUCCGAGCCUGUAGUCGUCGAAGCCGAUGACGAGCCGGAAGGCUUAGGGUCGCCGGGUUUUCACAAUGAGCCGGCUCACCAUGAACCGGCUAGCCAUGAACCCUUCAACCAAGAACAAGACAAUCAUGAUUCAAUUGAUCAUAUGCCACAUGGACUGCCAACGUCUGGGCUGGUCUCACCUCAGCCGGAAUCAUCCGCAGCAUAUCAUCAACCUUCCGACCUCUACCAGCAUUUCAACUCGUCGGUGGACGCUUCGGCUACCCCCGAAGUAAACCACACCGGCGUCACACCUGCAGCGAUGGACUAUAUGCAUUCCUCGGUUACUGACAACUCUUUGCACAACUUCUCAUACACCCAACCACAGCCUGAGCCCGAGCCGGCACCGGUACCCGAGCCAGAACCCAUUCCUGAGCCAGUGCCUGUUGUUGAGCAACCUCCCCCCGUCCAGCACACAUCUCACUACGCUCAGCAGUCCAGCUCAACACAGUCGGGUGGCAGGACACGACGCAGUCUGCCUUCAGGGCCAUCAUUGCAGAGCGGCGCCACGAACAGUCACACAACCCAUGCUCCGACAGAAAGCUGGACUCCUGUGCCGGUACCUACUAUCCCUGCCGCCUACCAGAGCAAACCCUCUCCUAGGGCUUCGAGGGCAAGGAAACCAGUACCAGCUGCGCCUCAGACGUCGGUUCAAAAUACGACGCAGCACAGAACCCAGAAUACUGUGCAACACCCGGUGUCACAAGCGUUUGAUGACCUGCGGCAAACCCCAAGCUGGUCGUCGGUCCCUCAGCCUACUGUUGCUGUCCAAAAGACAACUCAGCAACAGGCGCGCACCUCACCCUAUCAAGCAGCAGCCCAGACCGUUCGUACAUCGUCUCGGCAGGGCAACCGAAGCCAGAACCAUACACCGGUACAGCAGCAAACCAGUGCGUCAGGACGGCAUAGCCAGCUGCAAACUUCCCAAUCCCAUACGGACAACUCUAGUUACCAGUCCAACACAGGCGUAACAGCCUCAAGUUCGGUUGGUAAUUACGAUAGCUAUUCGCAAUAUCCUACGUCCAAUAGCAGGACUGAAGCCACGAAUACUCGUAUGAACUAUGAACCCUAUACUAAUCCGUCAUCCACUACGUCCAACUCUUAUUCGUCUUACGACACUUAUAACACACGGUCAAGCACCAAAACGCCAGUAGCAAGUUUAUCAGCAGCGCAGCCCACGGCUACCUCAUACAACACCAACACAGCUACGGCGGCUCCAAGCACGUCACAAUGGGGUUCAAGUACGUCUGUUCCUCAAACGCGAAGCAGUGCUCGCUCAACUUACGAUACAAACCCAACCACAUCGGCCUCCAACUCGUACAACAUGACCUCUUCGAGCGCGCAACAAUCUGGCUCCCUCCAGGGCUUCAACGUCAGGCCGCAAUCCAUGACCCAGACCAGGUCCUCCACCGCCGCCUAUGCCCAGCAGCAACAGCAACACCACCAGCAGAAAUCACAGGCGCAGCAGCAGCAGCGACAGCAGGUCCAGCAGCAGCAGCCAAGCUACAACAGCUACACAAGCCAGUCGCACACCACGAGCACGCAGCAGCAGCAGCCGCAACACCAACAGCAGCAGCAACAGCAGCAACAGCAGCAGACGCAAAACUGGGGUUACGGAGGCUUCGGAUCGACCACUAACCCUUCGUCGACCGGUUACGGCUCCACCGGAGCCAGCAGCAGCGCAAACAAGGGCUACUCGACAGGGACCUCGGCAAGCUCGCAUGCCCACAACGCGGCGGCCGCCGCGACCAAUGCUGCGGCGUACAGCCACCAGCAGCCUCAUCAUAGGUCGAUGAACCUGUCGAGUAAUACGUACAGCAGCCACAUUGGGAACGAGGAUCAGAUGCUUUAUGAUUUGCUUAGACACCCUGGUGCUUAG